AUCAGCUGAUUGUCACUUUGGUGAUAACAACUGUCAAGGUUGCAAAAUAUUACGCAAAAAAUUGAAAAUGUGUGUAAAAAAACUACAUCACAUCAAUUUAAAUUAAUUAGAUAGCUGUGGAUUCUUAGUAACUGUAAACACCAUUGCCAGUUUGAGUCGAAAACUUGAUAAGUCCGAAGUAACCAUAGCCUCACUGAGUUUCGUAACAAUUCCGGCAACACAUUGAAAUUUCAAGAAACCAGGAGAUUUUUACUGCAAAAUUAUGAGUUUCCGGCGUAUACUUUAUAAUACUACUAUAAGGAGUCCAUUACUCCACCAUUUGAGAGCGUUAAACUGUUGGUCUUGCGGCAAAGAGGUUAAGUUCGUUUCUAACUUGUUCUGCGGAACUUGCAACGCCUUGCAACAUCCUAACAGCCACGAUAAUUACUUUCAACUGUUAGGAGUCAAAGAAACGUACGAUCAGGAUGAGACAGAGCUGGCCAAAAGAUAUAAGGACCUACAAAAGUAUUUACAUCCAGACAAAUUUGCUACCAGAGACAAAAAGGAACAAGAAAUAUCAGCUGAAUAUUCUUCCCUCGUAAAUGAAGCAUACAACACACUGCUAGAGCCUUUGUCUAGAUUUAUUCAUUGUCAUCAUUCUUUUACAGGCAUUUACAUGUUAAAACUAAGAGGGAAAGAGAUACCAGAAAACACAGAAGUUGACAAAGGAUUCCUCAUGGAGAUCAUGGAGAAGAAUGAAGAGGUGGAGAAUGCUGAUACUGAAGAAGAAAUCAUGAAAUUAAACAAAGAAAAUAAGAAAGUCAUAAAAGAUCUACAAAAACAGUUGUCUACAGCUUUCUUUGAUGGAGACCUGAAAAGAGUCACUAAAUUGCUAAGUAUAAUGAAAUAUUACACAAGCAUAGACAAUCAAAUACAAGCUGUGAUUAGAAGUAAAGGAAUUAUACGAUAAUAUUUUUGUGAAUAAAAAUAGAUUAUUGUUAUAAUUAUGAAUGUAGGUAGUAAGUACAAAACCAUAUUAUUAUGUAACAAAUUCUGUAAAAAAACAAGUACAAAAGGUAAAGGCAGCUUAAAUCUUAAUUGCAGAUUACGCCACUUAUUUAAAAAUAUGCAUCCCAAUUUCCACUGAUAAAUAAUGGACAGAAAUAUUGCUGAAUGUCCUCCAGAAGACAGAUUGCAAUAGAAUAAGGGAAAAAAAAAAUUUAAAUAUGAUCUUCCUGAAAGUUGUGCCUGUGUUUAGUAAAAUGAUAAAAAGUUCAAAUUUUAUUUGUUACAAAUACAAAUCAUUUAGUUACUUGCAUCACAUGUGAUAUAAAAGUUAUGCUGUGAUGUGAUUUAAAACUUUCAUGUACCUACUUACUUAAAUUUUCUUAUUAUUGUAAUUGUUGAUAAUUUGUAAAAAUUUAAACCAUGAAUUAAUGAAUAAUGUUACAGAUAUUACAAGUUUUUGAUUUUGUA